AUAAAAGGGUCGUCCAACAAUAUCAUUGCUUUCAUUACAAGUUUCCUAGCAGGACGAUGCUGUUUGUACAUAUUUCGUGCGUCAUUUUGAUCCUCUGUGUAUCAUUGUCAGAAACAUAUAUUAAUGUGAUAACGAAAAGAGAUGAGGAUUUUGUACCAUUUUCAACAAAAGCAAAGUAUGUUCCAACGUGGUCUAGUCUAGACAGUCGACUGCUACCAUCCUGGUACGAUGAAGCAAAGUUUGGAAUCUUUAUUCACUGGGGUGUAUUCAGUGUGCCCAGCUUUAGCUCUGAAUGGUUUUGGAGCUAUUGGAAAGGAGGAUUGAAGAUUGUAAACGACUUUAUGAAACAAAGAUAUCCUCCAAAUUUUACCUAUCAAGACUUUGCACGAGAUUUCACUGCUGAGUUCUUUAAUGCUUCUGACUGGGCAGAGUUAUUCCAAGCAUCAGGUGCAAAGUAUAUUGUAUUGACAAGCAAGCAUCAUGAAGGAUAUACAAUGUGGCCGUCAAAGUAUUCGUACAGCUGGAAUUCUAUGGAUGUGGGGCCUCAAAAGGAUCUUGUUGGGGAACUGGCAGAAGCUAUUCAUAAAACAAACAUAAAGUUUGGCUUGUAUCAUUCCUUAUUUGAAUGGUAUAAUCCUCUCUACAUAGCAGACAAAAGCAACAAUUUUACAACAGAUAAAUUUGUAACUCAGAAGGUAAUACCAGAAUUACAUGAAUUAAUAGAGACAUACAAGCCAGAUAUAAUUUGGUCAGAUGGAGAGGCAGAAGCAACAGAUUCUUAUUGGAAAUCAAAGGAAUUUUUAGCCUGGCUAUACAAUGAAAGUCCUGUGAGAGAUACAGUAGUGGUAAAUGAUAGAUGGGGCAUUAAUAUAACAUGUCAUCAUGGUGGAUUCUAUACAUGUACUGAUCGUUUUAAUCCUGGUGUACUUCUUCCACAUAAGUGGGAAAAUUGCAUGACUAUUGAUAAAAAAUCCUGGGGAUACCGCAGAAACGCUGUUUUAUCCGAUUACUAUACAUUGGCAGGAUUAGUAAAAGAGUUGAUAAUUACUGUAAGCUGCGGUGGAAAUUUACUGAUGAACGUUGGACCAACAAAAGAUGGUAUCAUUACACCAAUAUAUGAAGAAAGAUUACGAGGAAUGGGCGCUUGGUUAACAGUUAACGGCGAAGCAAUUUAUAAUACUAAGCCUUGGACAGUACAAAAUGAUACCUUAACAGGAAGUGUUUGGUACACAUUAAGUAAAAAUCAAAAACAAUUGUAUGCCUCAAUUUUAGAAUGGCCAGAUGAUAAUAUCUUAUUGUUAGGCUCACUUAAACUUUCAAAGAGUUUUCAGAUAUGUCUACUUGGUUAUUCAUCAAUAAUUCCCUGGAAACAAUCCGAUAAUAAUCUAGAAAUAAGUUUACCAGCUAACGCACACAGAGGUGAACCAGCUUGGGUAUUAAGGAUUAAGAAAAAUAUUGAUUAG